UGUGCAAUAGCCUACAAUUCAGUAUUGUUGAGUUGAAUUCCCUAGGUGUGUUUACCUAUCCAUUACCAACGAUACAAGCGCAUCAUCGCAAUAAAUAAUAUCGAAGAGACUGGUGAGAGAGCACACGUAACAUUUUAUUGACGGGCGGGGCUUGCUUGCCAAUUUUCGAGGAUUGUAUUUCCUUACUAGUCACACCCCUAUCCGGAAGAGAAACAGCAACGAAUUCGCGAGAAACUUUCUCAGAUCGACAUCAAGAAGCUACCGCAGGAGAUCAUCACUUUUUCAUAUUCAUAUUCAGGACACAACAUGUGGCCUAACCAAGGUCCCCCUGGCCAGAACCCGGCCUUCCCCCCAGCCUACAACCCUGGAUUCCCUUCUGGUCCAAACCCAGCACACCCUCAAGGUCAGAACCCCAUGUACGCACCUGGCACAAACCCUGCUUAUCCCCCUGGUAUGGCCCCUGGUAUGGCCCCCGGUAUGGCCCCUGGUAUGGCCCCCGGUAUGGCCCCUGGUAUGGCCCCCGGUAUGAAUCCAGCCAUGCCUCCAGGAUCCAUGCCUUACGGACAAUACCCAGGAGGACAACAGCCUUAUCCAGCUGGACCAGGUGCACCUGGUUACCCAGGGCCCUACCCUGGUGGGGUCCAUCCAGGUGGAGUCUACCCCGGGGGCAUGCAUCCCGGCAUGGCUGGGGGUGUGGCGGGAUUCGGGAUGGGAGUCACUGGACACAAGGCACACAAAAAAAUGAAGAAGGCGAAGGGGAAGAAGGCGCACAAAGCCGACAAACACCUGAAGCAUCAUGGAGGCCACAGGAAGCACUCUUCAAGCAGUAGCAGCAGCAGCAGCAGCGACGAGGAGUGAUGUCACUAACAACAUCCAACAGUGUCUUCAACACAGCACAUCCUUGAAUUAAAUGGGGGAAAAAUGGCCUCUUCUUCUUCUACCUAAAUUGCAAUGAGGUUAAAGGAACGUGUUAGGAUGGGGGAGGACUAUUAUUAAGAAUGGGAAAAAAUGAUUGGAAAAUGAUUUGAAUAUUAAUUGUAUACCACUGUAACAAAAGUAUGUAUAAUGAACACAAUUAUGCCUUCCAUAGUCUUAACAUUUUAGGGAUAUAGGCCUAUGAAUGUGUGCACAGUCAUGAGGAUAUGCACUAUAAUGUAUAAUAUUAUGCCUUUACACUGAUAAGUAAUAUUUCAAAUGGUUGAUAUAUAUUCCCAACUAUAAAUAAUAUAUAGGCUAUAGCUGAGCGAGUGAGCGAAAUGUGUGGAAUUUCCCCAGUAAAAAAAACAACAACAAAUAAAUAUUUAUUUUAAUACUGGA